CGAAAAUGUAAGCGGCUGAAAAAAAACAAGCAAAGCAUACAAAGAAUGAAUCGAAACAUAGAAAGUCGCUGAAAAUUUAUUACGUAGUACGUGGCUUGUGUGCUUCUGCAGAUUAACUUUUUAAAUUUCUGUUGCAAUGAUAGCAUUUGUUUAAAAACCUUAAAUAUGACACAUAUAAACUUAAUUUUGGAACCGAAUUCAGAAAGAGGAUUAAUUUACUAUCCAGGACAAGUUGUUAAAGGGACUGUGGAAUUAUUUUUGGAGAGUACUAAAAGUUUUCGAGGAUUUUAUGUGACAGUAUUUGGCCAAGCAAGAGCACAUUGGACAGAGACAAGAACUUCAACAACUGGAACUGGAAAGAAUCGCCGCACGACUCAUCAUACAGUACAUUUUGAAGGCAAAGAAAUCUACUUAAAUUCUAAAACUUAUCUUUUUGGACAAAACAGUGGACCAUCUUUUGAUGUUCAACCAGGAAGCCAUAAAUACAAUUUUGCAUGUCAACUUCCUGACCAAUUGCCUUAUACAUUCGAUGGAGUUCAUGGUGAAAUUAAAUAUUAUGUCGAAGCUGUUUUAGAUAUUCCAUGGCGCUUUGAUAAGGAAGUUAAAACUCCAAUUACAAUUGUCAGACAUGAUGAUUUGAAUCUCUAUCAAGAAUUACGAAUAGCACAAAAAGUUGAAGAAGUAAAAACAUUUUGUUGCUUGUUUUGUCAAUCUGAACCAUUGUUAAUUCAAGCCACAAUUCCAUAUUCUGGAUUUGCAAAGGGGCAACAUGUUCCCAUUAAAAUUGACUAUUCCAACAAGAGCGAUGUCGAUGUUCUGAUGACAAGAAUUAAAUUGAAGCGAAUGAUAAGCUAUACCAGUACAACACCACAUGAAAAAACCAGAUCAGAUACUGAGAAAAUGGUUGAACUCAGUACUAGAGGAGCUAAAGCUGGAGAAUCUUUGUCGUUGGAGCAAACUUUGGAUAUUCCACAUGUCAUGAUGACUUCAAAUGGACGAUUCUGUAGAACUAUCAGAAUUGAAUAUUACAUCGAAAUAGAAGCACAAGUUGAUGGAUGUCACUCGAAUCCAGAAUUGAGAUUGCCAAUAACAAUUGGUUCUGAGCCUAUAAGAGGUGACAAUCAAUAUGCAAUUACACCAGGUGCGAAUGUUUAUAUUCAACCUGUGCAACCACUUGCUCAAUAUCAACCAUCGGCACCUGUUGAGGAACAAUUUAAAAAUGAUUUACCUCCAAGCUUUGAUGAAGCUAUAAAAAUGCCGAUGCCUGAUAAUUCAGCAAUGAUACAACAAUCAACAUCUGGGAAUCUCGGAUGGAAUGUUUCAACGCCUUCAGCUCCAAUAGCUGAGAAAAAUAAUCUCUAAGUGCAUUAUAUCAUUUACAUAUUUAUGCAUUUAUUCAUGAUAUUAUUAUUAGAUCUUACAUGUGCCUUUAUUAAUUCAGUGCUUAUUUAUACUUUUAUGUUCACAUUAUAUUCAUAUACUUGUACUCAAUUUUUAACAUUCAAUAAAUAUCACUAAAAGUGAAAUCAU